GUUCAUGGGGGUGUGCGUGCACCAGGGACAGCUGCAUGCGCUGACAGAGUACAUCAACGGUGGGAACCUGGAGCAGCUGCUGGACAGCCCAGUGCCCCUCUCCUGGUCCAUGCGUGUCAAGCUGGCCCUCGACAUCGCCCGUGGGCUGCGCUACCUGCACUCCAAGGGCAUCUUCCACCGUGACCUCACCUCCAAGGUACGGGAUGCUCCAAGGCAUCCCAUUGCCUGCCUUGUCCCACGCCCCAGGCAUGGCUACACGGCUGUAGUGGGUGACUUUGGCUUGGCGGAGAAGAUCCCCACGUACAGGUGCGGAGCUGAGAGGGAGCCGCUGGCCGUGGUGGGCUCCCCGUACUGGAUGGCGCCCGAGGUGCUGCGAGGGGAGCUCUACAACGAGAAGGCCGAUGUGUUCGCGUACGGCAUCAUCCUGUGCGAGACCAUCGCUCGCGUCCCUGCUGACCCCGACUACCUGCCCCGCACCGAGGAUUUUGGCCUGGAUAUCACCACUUUCCGUACCAUGGUGGGAAUCGACUGCCCGUCGGCCUUCCUCCAGCUUGCUUUCCACUGCUGCAGUAUGGAGCCCACCUCCCGUCCCUCGUUCCUGGAAAUCACACAGUGCCAAAAAAAAUCCUGCAGCACCAGCCCGGCAUGGAGAGCGCCGGAGCCACCCUCUUCGGCACUGCGGAGAGCAUGCCCACUCCCGGCACAGCGACCACCCUCAACA